AGACAAGGUUCAGGCACGGACAGUAAGUUCAGGCCUCCAGGGCAGAGCGCCACCAAACCCGCACCAAAUCGAAAAGGGAGCGAGAUCUAGACCAAUUUAAUACUCCUGUAUGUGAUCGGUGGAUUAAAGCGAUGACGAUCCGUGCAUGAAGUCAUCGAUCCAGUUCGUACAGCUAGCUAAGCUGGCAAAUUAGCUGCUGCAUGAUGCAGAGCGCAGCUAUAGAAUGAUAGAUAGCUCACGCCAAGCGUGAGGGACCGACAUAAAUUCGCCGAAAAGGUGCAAACUUUUUCUUCAUCUGUCGCCUGCCUGCCCUUUUCUCUCUUCAACGCAUCUUCUUUCUAUUCUACAACCACCGUACCUGCUUGGGGCUAGCUUCUUGAUUUUGCUUGAGAUGCAGUAUAUACGUGCAAGACAGAUAUCAGCAGAUUAUAUAUAUAGCAGCGUAGAAGUCCUGUGGUUGCCCGAUUAUCUGAUUCUGUGAUCGAGAUCGAGGCCGAUCGGCCAGGUUUCUUGUGCGUGCGCUCUGCUACUGCCAUGGCGGUAGCUCACCUUCUUCUCCAACUCUCUGCCGGAGUCAAUGGAGCUAGCAGGAACAGGAUGCUCAUUCCAGCCAUUCUUUCGAUUCUUCAGCUUAUUCACCUCGCAGGCGUGGACGGAGCGGCGUCGUUCAGGUUCACCAACGCUUGCCAGCACCCGGUGUGGGUGGGCGCGCUCCACGGCGCCAGCUCGCCGCCGCUCGCAAGCUCGGGCUUCUACCUGGCGCGGUCCGCCACGUCCCGCCUGGACGCGCCGUCGUCAGGGACAUGGUCCGGCACGUUCUGGGCGCGCACGGGCUGCGCGGUCGAUUCCGCAACCGGCCGCUUCUCCUGCGCCACGGCCGACUGCGGCACGGGCGACGUCGCCUGCCAGGGCCGCGGGCCGGCGCCGCCGGUCUCGCUCGUCGAGGUCACGCUCGCAGCGCCGGGGAGCGGCGGGCAGGACUUCUACGAUGUUAGCCUCGUCGACGGCUUCAACGUGCCGGUGCGCGUGGCGCCCUCGGGCGGCGGUGGCGACUGUCGCCCCGCGGCGUGCGCGGGCGACGUGAACGCGAUGUGCCCCGCGGACCUCCGCGUCGUCGCCUCGUCCGGCAGCGGCGGCGUCGUGGCGUGCAAGAGCGCGUGCAGCGCCUACGGCAGCGCGCGCUACUGCUGCACCGGCCAGUACGGCACGCCGGCGACGUGCCGACCGACCAACUACUCGCAGGUGUUCAAGAGCGCAUGCCCGUCGGCGUACAGCUACGCCUACGACGACACCAGCAGCACCUUCACCUGUUCCGGCGCUUCCAGCUAUGACGUCACCUUCUGCCCUGGGACCGGGAGCUAGUUGUGAAAAUCCAUCACGGGAAGGGUUAAUAAAAGAGCGCACCAGACUAGAUAUUUUUCUUCAAAACUUUAUAGGGAAAGAUCAAGUAGAAUUGACACACGGAUGAAUGUGGUUCAUAUCCUUCAAAACUUUAUGUUUAGAAUUCUAUGUAUGUGUUGUUUGAUUCUAGUUAAUUUGCGUCCAGGCGUAUUUCUGAGCGAA